GCUGAAUCCAAUGCGGCGCUCAAGUCAGCCUUGGCGACGAGACGAGACAGGGCUUCUUGUUGUUAUUCUCUCUCGCAAUGGGCGUCAAGUGGCUCACGACAUACGUGCGCUCCAUCGAGUCGAUUGUCUCGUCGUCUGUGCGGCUCUCGGCUGGCAGCAGCAGCAACAAGGAGGAGGGGCAGGAGACAGCAGCAGAGGAGGAGGACAUGCAGGAGCAAGGGCCAGUCACAUUCGUCGUCGACGGCUGGGCUUUCAUCUUCCACGUCUACCUCUCGCACUUUGGCGAUGGCGUGCGCAGCCUCGACUAUGCGCGUUACCGCUCCUUUCUCCACGCCACGCUCGACGCCUGGGACGCCGCGGGAAUCCAUGCCGUCUUUGUCUUUGACGGGCCGAUGCUGCCGGCCAAGCUGCCGACGAUUCUCGCGCGUCGCGGUGGCGUCGUGGCCUCCAAUGCGGCCUACAUGCGCGCCUCGCCGGCCUCGCGCACCUCGAGGCGGUUCCAGUGCGACUGCGGCCUCGUUGCGCCGCUCAUCUACCCCGCCACCAUCGACGCGCUGCAGUCGUGGAAGCGGAAGAGGGGCAGCAGGAGAAGAAGGAGCAGCAGUAGCAGCAGUAGCAGCAGCAAUGGCAAAGGCAGGGGCAAUAUCAAAGUCAACGGCACCGGAAAUAGCAACGGCAGUGGCAGUGGGGUGACGUCGACGGCGGCGCUCGAGAUCGUCUUUGCCCAGACCGAGGCCGACGGGCUCGUCGCCGAGCUGGCCGAGGAGCGCCGCGGCUACGCGCUCUCGAUUGACUCCGACUACUUUAUCCUCUGCGCGCGCGGGGCUGCCUCGAAAGGAUACCUGCCCCUCGAUCGCAUCGAAUACGUGUUUGAGAAGGACCCGGCGCAGGCUGCUCUCGAGGAAGAGGCACGCGCAAAGGCCAUGGCCGAGGCAGCAGCAGCAGCAGCAGCAGCAGCGUCAUCCGGUGGAGGCGACGACGGCUUCGAGCAGGUGCCGUCCAGAAGGAGAGAUCGGCGCAGGGGAGGUGCAGGAGUAGGAGCAGCGCUCAACAAUAAUGGCGUCCCCCCGCCGUCGUCGCGCCUCCGUGCGUCCGAGUCGCCCGAGGUGCUCGAGCAGGGCGGCGAGCAGCUGAGCUGCAUCAACGUGCAGGCCUACUCGGCCCACGCCCUGGCGCGCCAGCUGCAGCUGCCGCCCAACCUCAUGCCGCUCUUUGCUGCCCUGUGCGGCAACGACUACACGCCUGCGCUCCAGUCGACGCUCCUCUUCCGUGAUGUGGCCCCUGGGCCGCAGCGUGUGAGUGCCGCUGCCGCGAUUCUGCGCAGCGAGUGGAGCAAGGUCGUCGGCGGCGGCGCACCCGCGGCGCUCGCUGCUGCGCGCAGGAGGCGGGCCGCAGGCAUCGAUGAGCGCAGUGAGGGUGCGUCGAGUGCCACGGCGACGCCCACGACGGCCUCAGCCUCGAAGCGCACCGUGACUGCGCGCGAGUCGGCCGCCAUCGCCAGUCCAUCGGCAUUGGCGAACAACAGCAGCAGCAGCAGCAGUAGUGCGCUAGACCCCGUGCGGGCCAUCGUCGAGGCCGUCGUCGAGGGCGCCCUCGCAUCGGCGCCAUCGCCUGCCGCGGCUGCUGCGGCGUCGCGCUACGUCUCGACGGGCGAACGGCGCACCCUCGCCGACAGCAUCAUCGACAGCCUGGCCACCUACUCACUCCUGACCCACGCCGAUGCGCCCUACCUCGCCAGCCCCUCGGCCGGCUUCUUCAUCCCUGCGCUGAGACCGAGACCAAGCGGCAGCGACGGCCAGCAGCAGGCCCUCGCGGCGUACCGGCAGGCCUAUAUGCGCGGCCAGCUGCGGCCGAUUCUCGUCGAGGCCAUGACGCAGCGCGUCUUUGUCGCCACCUUCUUUGCAGAGGACCCCGACGCGGCGAGCGUCCAGGCGACGGCGGCACGGCGCCUCCGCCGCUGGCUCUGGGCCGUGCUGUUUGAUGCGUGGGGCAUGCAGUGGGCCCGCGAGUCGAUGGACGAGCCCGAGGUGGAUGCAGCGCGCGACGGCGACGGCGACGGCGACAGUGGGUCCGAGGACCCUGAUGAAGUCAUAUCCGUCGACACGGACACGAGCGAGGAGGAAGAAGAAGAAGAUGCUGAAGAAGAGGAAGACUUCGACAACCUGCCCACGCGGCCGGGCUCGGCCAUGGACAUGCACUUUGCUCCGGCAGAACCGGCCGUCAAGCCGCCGCCAGCCGUCGUCGAGUACGUGCGGCGGGGCGACCGCCUGGCAGCUGCUCACCGAGGCCUCGCACUUGCUCGCACAGUCGCUCCUUCUCUUUGCCAGCGACAAGAACGACGACGACGAUCACACCGUCACGACCGCCAACGCUGCCAGUUCCGUCGCUGCGCCCCACACCCUCUUUCACGGCCCCACAUUCCACACCCUCAUGGCCGACGGAGAGAAGAAACAUCAACAGCAGCAGCAGCAGCAGCAAGCAGCGGCCGCCGACGCCGUCGAGGGCGUCGAGAUGCGAAAAGAAGAGCGCCAGGCCCUCGAGGCUGCCCUGCAGGGCCUCGACGACCUGCUGGGCAUCGACGCAGAGACGCUCAAGCGCCAGCGCGCCGCGCGCAAGAAGAAGGAAAAGGAGGAGGCCAAGGAGCGCGAGCGCGAGAAGGAGAGGCAGGACAAGGCCGCGAAUGCUGCUGCUGCGGCUGCUGCAGGAGGCGCAGGCGGACGACGGCGAGGGGCUGCCAGGGCCAAGACGAAUGCCUUUGCGCUCCUGGCUGGCAUCGAGGCAGACGACGAGGACUGAGAGCACACUACACUGCAAUUCCUUUCCAUAGACUGUCAUUUUUGCUGAGCAUGGAAUAGAGAGAUGAGAAUGGCAGCUGUCGAUGCGACCUGAUGAGCGUGCAGAAUCAACUUCUCGACGCGACACGGAUCGGCGGGCCCGUGCGCCGCGCUCCUUGUGUCUUGCGUCUGAGACGAUGAGAGAGCAGAAUGCGCUGCAGAGCGGGGAUCGCCAGGUUGGUUGGUCGGACCCACGGAGCUUAAUGGUGCAUCACCCCCCCACGCUGACACCACUAGCCAAGGUGGAGCUGCUAGAGGUGCAGCUUCCUCCGGCCGGCGAGACUCGCGCGCCAAGAAGCCGAGCUGCUGCUGCUGCUGCUGCUGCUGCUGCUGCACA